UCUGCCGGUUUGUGGAUGGAGUCAUGGAGCUUCUACGUACUUUGCAGCGCGGCUUGUUCUUUUCAAAGGCUGCCCCCCCAUCCUCCAAGUACAAACACACACACACACACUUUCUUUGGCAAACGACAAUGGUCCUUUUUAAGGGAAGCUCAGCUUGGAUAAUCCUCCUUUUCUGGCUGAAGGUGCCGGGAGGGGACAGCUUCCUUAUCCAAAAUGUCCGUCUGCAGAAGUGCAUCCACGCUUCGCCUCACAAAGCUGAGAAAGUCAGCCUGUCCGACUGCAAGGCGCAUUCCCCGCAGCACCAGUGGCGCUGGGACAGGGCAGCCGGGGCUGUGGUGAACGAGGGCACCAGGCAGUGCCUGGCUGCCUCCAGAGCUGAAGAAUUUGCAGCAGCUCAGCUGGAGACCUGUGGGGAGGGGGCACAUCAGGCCUGGUCGUGCAGCAAGAAAGGCCAUUUGACUUUACAAGGACGCAGCCUUCAUCUCAGCGUGAAGCCAGGCGGGCACGACGCCUUCCUGUCCCAGGAGAAAGGCAGGUUCAGCAAGUGGAAGACGGGCUCGGGCGCAAUCGUCUGUGCCACGGAGCUGGUGAGAGCGCCUGGACUCGGCGAGCCAAGGGAGACCUCCUUGGAUGGCUUGGCGGGGGGACCUGAAAGUAAGGCAAGAUGGACGCUUGCACAGAACGCUGCACUGCUUGCUGUGUGUCAACCCUUCGAGGUAGUCCAGGCAGGAAACCAAAACCAUGAGGACAUUAAGCAGCCCAAAGAAAAUCAGGACUGGGUGGCAUAUAAAUGUGUAAAUAAGCACUUCGAUCCAUUUACCACCACGAUAGAACUGAAGGCACCAGGCCAGACCCUCCUGCCCAGCGAGAAUCCGGAAAUUGUAGUUCUUGUAGCUCAGCAGGACCUGGAGAGCUGCCAGGAUAAAACAGCUGGUUUCCUGGAGAUUCACACCCCCUCCGUCGGGGCCGCAACGUUCCCGAUGAUCCAUUUGGAAAGUCAGUCCAAUGUCACCAGCGGACUUCCGAUGUCCAGUGAUAGACGUCUGGAAGCAGAUAAUGGUCUCAGCUGGAGGACAGCCCUGCUUGUCCUGAGCCCCCUGGCCUUCAUCUUGGGGGUAAUCCUUCUGAUGCUCAGUAUCCAGUCCAACAAGAAGAAGAGGCUGUUAGCUCUGAAGAGCCGGCAGGUGAGCUGUGAGGAACAGCAGCCUUUGCCUGGAUCAGUCAGGCCCAGCUCCAAGAUACAGAUCAUCCCUGCCUCGCCCUCUCCUUCGCUCAAGCAUGGUGAGAUCUUGAUCGAAUGGAAAGAUGGGACCAUCACCUCACUCUUUGACAGCUCACACUAGCAGACCGACUCCAUCUCCUCCUUGCUGAACCUCUCACAGUCCAGUUCUUCCCAGCAGAGCCCUUUCACUUGCACUUGAAGCUUUGAUAGCAUUUCUCCUGGGGCUUAUUAAGUAGACCAACGUUCUCACUAGGAAAGCAAGGAAGCUGAGGUGACCUUCACACUUGCAUUGCAGUUAUGUUGGUGACUAAACAAGGGCAGACUUAGUUAAGUCUUGGAUGAGAGACCACUAGGACUUCCCAGAACUAGAUUAGGAUGUUGGAAAAGCAUCUCAAAAGAGAAGGUAGGCCAGCCCCUUCUAUACUCUUGCUAAGGAAACUCCUUGGACAUGUCCAUGAAUCCCCAGGCUUAACUCAAAGGAGGUGUUAACUUUUAUUAGCAAAGAGACAUUUAACUUGCUCCACUGUUGGAGUGGAGGUCCAGAUCUUGUUAACAUAUUGGCAGCCACCUUCAUUAAGAAGAAGUAAGGUCAUGCUAGCCAUUGUCCUCAUCGUGUGAUUGUACAAACUCAGAGAAAAGUUAGACACUUACCUAUGUGGUCUGUAGUCGGGAGACCUGUACCCAUGUUACUUGUUGGUAGAUGUAAAAUAAUCAAAGACCAACCAAGAGGAACCAUGUUUUUUUCUGCAUAGUCACCUGAAAGCAAUUUCUACUCACCCUAGGCGAGCGGCUUAUAACAGGUUGAAAAGCAACCAGGCCAUGGAUUACAACUACCCAUCUAGCUUUA